AUGAAGUUCGUCUCCCUGAUUGUAGUAGCUAGCGUAAUCGUCGGUCUAGACGCAUGUCCGGGACUUUUCGGAGCCCCACCACCACCAGCACCAUGCUGUUGUGGUGCUGCACCUCCACCACCUCCACCAUGCCCACCACCCCCACCCUGCCCAUGUGGUGGACGUAAGAAGAGAGAGGUAAGAGUGACGUGCUUUUUAAAAAUUUUAUUUUUUUAAGCAUAUUUAAGAAGUUAGUAACAUUAAAAAUGGCAAUUUAGUUACAAUGUUACAGUAAAACUAUCGUAACCCAAAAUAUUCAAAAAAAAAUUUUUUUGUUUAAUAUUGAAAAAAUAGGAUAUUAGGGUAUGAAUGUAAUGUAGUUUGCCAAAGAAAUAUAUUGUUUUAGGCUGUGAUGCCACAUUUGAAAACCGAAGACAUGGCUUGUCCUCAACACCCUUGGCUCGACUCUAUUAAAGCUGUAAGUUUUAUGACAAAACUAAUUCAAAAAUGACAUUUUGAAAAACUUUUUUUUAUUUAUAUGACUCUAAACAGCGUCAACUAACGUAUUACAUAGUAUUAGUAAUAUGAAAUCCACGUACUAUGUAGUGUUUGUCCUACGUACUACAUAGUACUAGUGCUAAAUAGUACGGGCAAUAUAAAAAAAUAAGAAUUGCAUAGUUAUAGCAUUCUAAAGGGCAACUAUAUAAAAGUAAUACUCCAGAGUACACGUACUAUAUAGUACUAGUGUUAAAUAAUAUGUGCACUAAAGAAAACUAAAUUUGUAUGAUGCUAACGUUCUAAAACGUAUUUAUGAUUUUGUAUUGGUUCUCCAAAGGGCACGUACUAUACAGCACCAGUACUAAUUAGUAUUAGUAGCCUCAAGAACAAAUACUGUAAAUCAUUAUUACUAUACUUGUGUUACAAAGUAAUAUUUUAAUAUUCAACUAAACAAUCUUAAACCAAUUGCUAUAUAGUACUGAACCAAAAAAAGCUAAAUAAAUUUAAAAAAUUUCAGAACAUGAAUGAUGACGCUGUAAGCUCAGCCUAUGCCAUUCAAUCAGUCAUGUACCGAAAAUACGAAACUCAAUUCUUCGUAUCGUGUUCGCCAAAGACCGAAGAAAAAGUGUCUCGACUCGUCGUUCACGGCGAUGGAUACUGCAUCACAUCAAACGAAAAGCUCACUUGUCAAGUUGUGUCUUUGAGCGCUUAA